AUGAGAAAACGCUACAUUUCUUUGGUAAAGGCGAGUUUGCGCGCUGAUGCAGUAGUCUUCCCUCUUCAGAGCAACAGCAGCAACCGAACAAAUUCGUCGCACGCCUCGUCCUCAGCCUGGUCUGUUUUCCUCCUCAAAUUCGACAUGCGCAUUCUACUUGCCAGCGCGCUGUUUGCGCAUGUCAUAGCACAGCAGCUCAUUGCGAACCCGAUUAACGACUUUUGCAGACGACAUCAGCACCAAACCUGUGUGAUUGACAACAAACUCUAUGUCGACGGGGGGUUCAUCUAUUACGGCGCAGAUGCCUCAAAAGAUAACCCACAGCCAAGUGAGCUUUCCAAUCGUGUGACGAACUCGUCUAAUGUCAUGCAGUUCAAUGACUGGUCUCGAGGCUCCGACACUAUAAGCAAUGUAUGGACAGAUGCGGACGGAAAGCUGAAGGCUCUGUCGUGGCCUGCUUUUGGAGCUGGCACCGUAACUGAUUCUGGGGUGGGGUAUUAUUAUGGCGGAUACCUCAGCAACAAAUCUGUUGUAGACUGGAGCGGGGAUCGCUUCAUGCUGAACAGCCUGAUAUCCUUCGACAUGACAUCGCAAUCCUGGAGCAACCGUACUUACGAUAGCACGCCGCGCGCUGAAGGCUCGAUGCAAUUCAUACCGGCUUCUGAAAGUGGUAUGCUAGUGUACUUUGGUGGACUCGAGAUGUCCAGUAAAGGCGAAGUUGAAUACGACAUAUCAGUUUUCGAUAUCGUCCUUAACCGAUGGUACAUCCAAAAGGCUACUGGCGACAUACCUCAACCAAGGCGUGGCUUCUGUACCGGUAUAUCGUGGGCGGCAGAUCGCUCUUCAUACAACAUUGCAAGAUAUAUGUUUGGAGGAAUCAGUCCGAACGAAACUGCACUCGGCGAUCUAUACAUCCUGACGCUUCCCAGUUUUACAUGGAUCUCAUGGUACCCUGAUCCUCAGCAAACAAAUUUUGCUGGUGGCAAAGCCUGGUCGACGUGCGAUGUUAUUAAUCAUCGAUCUCAAAUGGUCAUCAUGGGUGGGCACUAUACAAACAAGUCAACAGUCAUAUGUGAUGUGCCUCAAGGCAAAGGUCAACAUGGUCUUAAUCUUGGGCAAGAGAUGUUCGAAAGAGAGUUUGGCGGACAGGAGUGGAAUAGCUUGAGGAGCAACCUGACGCAGUAUCGAGUGCCAACAAUAUUGCUGCGGUUAUCGGCGGCGGGAUGGUCUGGAUCAACAAACCAAGCCAGUUGGUUGGCAAGCGCCUUUGCCAUGUCCUACUCUGCUGCAAGGAGGACGCCGACCCGGUCAGACAUACCUGUGACGCCAACUGCUACCAGUUUCACACCGACUGAGCCACAUUCAGACGAUCCGAGCCCCGGAGCAAUUGCCGGCAUUGUAGUGGGAGUCUUCGUUGGGGCGGUCACGAUGGGCAUUGCCAUAGCCUUCCUACUCAGGAAGAAGCGUGCAAAGACUCAAACUACAGAUCAAGCUACAACACCUGAGCUGGAAGACCAAGACGAAACUUUGGCAAAACGAAAGUGGUUCCUCAAGGGCCGCUGGAGGAGCGAAGUCGAAGCAAAGGCCGAUCCUCAAGAGCUGGACUCGAAAAAUGUCAAAGUCAUUCCAGGACCUCCGGUGGAGCUGGAAGCCUUGGAAGUGAGGCCUGCGGAGCAGAUUACAGAUGAGGACAGCCAUGUCAGACGUUCGGAAGAUGAAAGUACGCGGAGAUAA